GAGCUGCAGAUUCACAUAAACCACAGAGGACGACACAGACCAGAGACCAGAGACCCACAGAGACUGUCAGAGACUGUCAGAGACCCACAGACGAUGGACAUCCAGACGGGGCAGGUGGUCCGGCCUCUCGGGGCCCUGGACGGUCUGGAGAAGCAGCUGACGUGUCCGAUCUGUCUAGACAUGUUCAGUAAACCCGUGGUGAUCCUGCCCUGCCAACACAACCUGUGCCGCGGCUGCGCCAACGACCUGUAUGAGUCCAGGAACCCGUACCACUUCUCUGGGGGGACCUUCCGCUGCCCCACCUGCCGCUUCGAGGUGGUCCUGGACCGGCACGGGGUCUACGGUCUGCAGAGGAACCUGCUGGUGGAGAACAUCAUCGACGUGUACAAGCAGCAGCAGGAGAAGAGCCAGACUGACGACCCGCCGCUCAAAGACCAGGACGCCAAGCAGGUGCGGUGUCCGGAGCACGAGGACGAGCACAUCAACAUCUACUGCGUCAGCUGCCAGACCCCCACCUGCUCCAUGUGCAAGGUGUUCGGUCAGCACCGGGACUGCCAGGUGUCGCCGCUGCUCGCCGUCUACCAGAGCCAGAAGGCCGAGCUCCGCGCCGCCGUCGAGCUGCUCGCCGCUGCCGACGCCCGCGUCCAGGCCGAGGCGGCGCAGCUAGACCGGACCUGCCAGCUGGUCCGGGACAAUGGGGAGCUGCAGAGGCGGCGUCUGGGCGAGAGCCUGGACCUGCUGUACGCCGUCAUGGAGGAGAGGAAGGCCCUGCUGCUGGAUCGCAUCGACCGCGAGGAGCGCGACAAGACGGCGGCGCUGCGGGCGCUGCAGGAGCGCUGCCGCCAGCAGCUGUCGCUUAGCAACCAGCUGCAGGAGAAGGUGAAGCAGAGUCUGCAGCGCUGCGGUGUCGCCGAGCUGCUGCUCGCCGCCAAACAGCUGCAGCAGGAGGCUCAGAGCGCCGUCACAGACCAGAUCCUCAGACCUGAACCCGGGUACGAGAACAUGGAGCACCUGAGUCUGGACACGGAGCAGGUCCAGGUCCUGCUGGCCCACAUGGACUUCAGACAGGAGGAGGACCAGGACUGAGAGACCAGGAGGAGAGGCCUCCUCAGGGUCCUGGUCCAGAGUCCAGCAGUGAGUUCAGACCUGAUCCUGGUCUGAUAAAGACCAAAGACUGAAAACAGUCAGAGACUCUGAGAGAACAGACUUUACUUUACUAAAUGAAACAUUUGUUUUUUCUACUUUUUUAUUCUGAUGUUACUCUGUCUGGUCCAGAGUCUGGACUGUUUUUGCUGUGCUGCUGUCAUGUGUGAAUAAAGUUUGAUUUGAAUAUGA